AGGAGAUAUUUAAGGGGGUUCUCUAUCCAGGACAGGGCUCAGACUUUGAGCAGCAUCCAGAGGCAAACUGCUACCAUGGACCGGGCUGCUGAACUCCCCUUGCAGAGCAGUGCUUUCUGGCCAGCCAGGCACAGCUGCAGGAGGAACAGCCAGGGGAAAAACUUCGGCUGCCUCCUAGCUUUUUGCCUGCUGUCUGUGUUCAUGCUGGCUUUGCCAGUCUGUUAUCUGCUGGGCAGACACUUCAGUGAGCCGCAAGCCUGCAAGGCAGAGGAAAGAGCCGGACGAGUGCCUGAAUUCCAGAAACAAACUGCUCCAGAACGGAAGCCAAGGGCCCACUUGAUAGUGUCAGGAAAUCAAGAGUUGGCAUGUGAGCAACAAGAGUUCACAGUUCUCAAGUGGAAAUAUGGCUCAAGUUUGAAGUCUAACAUGAAUUACACAAAUGGAUACUUGGUGAUCUCAAAGAGUGGAGAUUACUUUGUCUAUGCUCAAGUAACUUUUCGAAAUCAUUCUCUGGAGAAGGAUAACUGUAGCAUGGUUACCCAUGUAACACAGACAAUCUCAAGGAUCACAAGCGGCUACCCACGUCCAAUUACGCUCCUGAGCAGCAGAAGUUCCAUUGAAAAGACACUGACCUGGACUCAUGCUAGUUAUUUGGGGGGUGUGGCCAAGCUAAACGCAAAUGACAAACUGCUUGUUAAUGUCAGCAACACUAAACUAGUCCAUACAGAACCCGAGCAAACCUUUUUUGGUGCUUUUUUAAUCUAACUCCUGGUAAGGGAUCCUGUAUCCCAAACCCCAUUCCAGACAUAGGAUUAAUCAUUAUGCCAUGCACUAUAAAAAUCCUAGCCAUUCAGGGGUUAUUGAACUACUAUUAUCUAAGAGUGGUCUGUACCCUACUUCUCUACUUCCUCAAAGACAUGAAACUUUCCUCCAGUCCGAGGAGCAUUCUUCUACCUUAAGGAGCUCUUCCUGUGCCAAAAAUGUCAUUUAAGUUGGACGAAGGUUCAUUAGGCUGGAGGAAGGCUUCUGAUUUAGCUGAGCAAAGUGAUAGAAUACAGGACAGAGUUUUUGGGAGGAGAAGGGUGUAAUAUUACCUCAGUUGUUCUUGUCCUGGGAAAGCUCCCCAUUGUGCAGAGGUGCUCUGUGUUUCUUUAUUGAAGGGGGAUUGUGACUGGAAUAUAAGUCUUUGCUUUCUAUAGGUUGGGAUCCAUAAGCGGAUCAUAAGAGUCCCACCUGCUGAGCCCCAAGCCAGGUUUCUUUUCUGUCUUUUGGAAAGACUUGUUGCAAAUAUGCAUGCCUAGAGAACAAGAACCAUAGCUCCUUCUCAUCUUUGAAUGCACACUGAGAGAAGGAAAAGGGUGCCAAAAUGUCACUCAGCACUGGAGAAGAUUCCUCCAUCGCUGUGACAUGUGGCUUCUCUCUUACUAUAGUACACCUCCUAGUGGUCGACUUGUGUUUUCUGUUCUCUGCUUUCUUGGUGUGCUGUCUUCACUCCUGGCCUUGACACCAGUGAAGUCCUCCUAACCCAGCCUUCCCCUUUUCCUGUCUUGUGACUGCUGUCAUAUCCUCGCAGCUCAUAGGUUAGAAAAGACUACUGUUUUAAUUCAUCAUGUCUUCUCUUAGAUUUCACUUUAUGAGGCAGGUGAGUUUGUCUGCUUUGGUGGGAAACCUUCAGCCAAUCACCCGUGCUGCUCAAUGCUGCUCCAUAGGGUAGCGGGAGAAAAAUAUGGGAGAGAACAAAAUGACAUCCAUCAACCCCACAACAUCACCUCUGGCUGCAUAACUGGAAGGGCAGCAACAAGCACAGUAUCCUUAGUAUGAGAAUUAGAGUGUUAUCACAGUGUAACACAACGUCCACAUUUUCAACUGUGAAAUUAGGGAAGCUAGUGAGAUUUCCAUUGGAUAGGGAGAGUAGCCUUCAUGAUCAUGAGUGCACAGAUAUGAUCGGGGGGAGCAAUGCUUGCGGAUGGGUUGCUGAAUUUCCCAGUGACAGUCUUUGCAAUGGAAUGACACUGGAAGGAAUGGAAUUUUGGUGAAUUCUCCUGUUAUAAAGAGUAAACAGUUAUUCAAAAUGACUCACAAGCUAAAUUAUUUGUAUGUUAUAUAGCAGCUGUACAUGCAGAAUGUGAAACAUUUGCAGAAAACAAUUUGGACUAUGACUUCAUGAGAGAUGCACAGGAAAUUUGGUGGGGUCAAGAAUAGAAGGGGGGAAUAUUGAACUUCUGUACCUUUAGUGAGUCUACUCAGUAGAAACUUUGCCCUGCUUCUUGUGGGGAGGAGGGAGAAUUAAGUUGGCACUUAUUUCUUACAGAUGUUGUAAACCUGUGAAUGGACAAUACCACUACAGAUUGCAAGUAGACAACGG